AUGCCGGGCUGGCUCGUACACAUAGAAACAGAGAACGGUGGGCUCACGCCCGAUGAUAUAGAAAAGAUUAAGUCAGAGGUUGUUCGCUAUGGAAAAUUUAGGGAUGUCAGUUCAUCGAUGUAUGACCGACAAGCAGAUAAAAGAAAGAUGGUGAUCGAGUAUGAAAACCGAGUUGACGCCGAAGAUGCCCUCUGUGGAAUGCAUGCGACAGAAAUCGCAGACGGAGUAUUCUUGAAAGUGCUCAUAGAUGCCCAGAAAGAUCCGGAUCCCAACGACACCAUGAAUAGCCAUGACAACAAUCAACACGGGUUGCCGAGGGACCGCUACGGGUCCAAGGACAACCAUGGCAGGUCAAGGUCUCAUUCUCGAGGAAGGAGAGACAAGUACUCGCAGCAAUCUCCACGAUCUCCUCCGAGGUUCCAAGAGCGUCCAAGGGACAUGAGGGCUCAAGGGUACAGGGACGAGGAGAGGCCCUGGCACAGGGAUGAUGCGAGGGACAGAGAGAAGGACAGAGAACGAAACCGCGACCGUGAUCGUGAGCGAGACAGGGACAGAGAUCGGGACCGGGACCGGGACCGGGACCGGGAUCGUGACAGGGACAGGGACAGGGACAGGGACAGGGACAGGGACAGGGACAGGGACAAGGACAGGGACCGAGAUAAGGAAAGAGACAACAGAGACAGGGAUCGUGAUCGGAUCGAGAUCGUGAUAGAGAUCGUGACCGAGAUAGGGAUCGCUUCCGGGACAGGGACCGAGACCGAUCCUGGGAGGAAAGGGAUCGUCAUGGCAUGCGAGGGAGAGAGCAUCAUAGGGAUCGCGGAUAUUCGCACUCUCAGUCACCGAGGAUGUGAUCAAGACCCAGAGACUAAGGCACUCCUACCAGCCGAAAUUAUUAGAGAGCUUGAGAAAAACGAGGUCACAACAUACGCUCUCUAA